AUGGAGAGUGCAUACGUGCGCUCCACGCAGGAUGUCCUCAGUCACUUCCAGGUCACCGAGGCCCACGGCCUGACCGACGACCGCGCGAGCCAACAGCGACAAAAGUACGGCAAGAACGCUCUCCCUGAAGACCCCCCGACCCCGCUGUGGGAGCUGGUGCUCGAGCAGUUCAAGGACCAGCUGGUCCUCAUCCUGCUCGGCUCCGCCGCCGUCUCCUUCGUCCUGGCUUUGUUCGAGGAGAGCGAUGAUUGGACUGCCUUUGUGGACCCCGUCGUUAUCCUGACCAUCCUCAUCCUCAAUGCCGUCGUCGGCGUCUCCCAAGAAAGCAGCGCCGAGAAGGCCAUCGCUGCCCUUCAGGAAUACUCCGCAAACGAGGCCAAGGUUAUUCGCAACGGAUCCGUCAAGCGCAUCAAGGCCGACGAUCUCGUCCCUGGCGACAUUGUCUCCGUCUCCGUCGGCGACCGCAUCCCGGCCGACUGCCGCUUGCUCUCCAUCCAGAGCAACAGCUUCAGCGUCGAUCAGUCGAUCCUCACCGGUGAGAGCGAGAGCGUGGGCAAACGCGCGGAUGCUGUCAAGGACAAGGAUGCCGUCAAGCAGGAUCAGAUCAACAUGCUGUUCUCCGGCACGACCGUCGUCACCGGGCAUGCCACGGCCAUUGUCGUCCUCACUGGCGGCAGCACGGCUAUCGGUGAUAUCCACGAGAGCAUCACGGCGCAGAUCUCUGCCCCCACGCCGCUCAAGGAGAAGCUGAACGACUUUGGCGAUAUGCUUGCCAAGGUCAUCACGGGUAUCUGCGUUUUGGUCUGGGUUAUAAACAUCCGGAACUUCAACGAGCCAGCUCAUGGCAGCUGGGCCAAGGGCGCUAUCUACUACCUCAAGAUCGCCGUUUCCCUUGGUGUUGCCGCUAUUCCUGAAGGUCUCGCAGUGGUCAUCACCACAUGCUUAGCGCUGGGAACUCGCAAGAUGGCGGCUAAGAAUGCCGUUGUCCGUAGUUUGCCUUCUGUCGAGACUCUUGGUAGCUGCAGCGUGAUUUGCUCGGACAAGACCGGUACUCUUACCACGAACCAGAUGAGCGUCAACAAGAUUGUCUUCGUCAACGAAGAUGGCUCUGGCUUGGAGGAGGUUGACGUCGAGGGAACCAACUUUGCUCCGGAAGGUGCACUGACCUUUAGGGGCAAGCCUUUCGAGAACCCGGCUGGUGCUUCCGCCACUGUCGCUCAGCUGACUGAGGUCGCUGCUCUUUGCAACGAGGCCAAGCUCGCCUACGACCCCAAGAAUGGCACGUACAACCUGGUCGGAGAACCCACUGAAGGCGCCCUCCGUGUCCUGGUUGAGAAGAUUGGAACCCCGCAGGGCAGCAUCAACGCCAGGAGAAGCAGCAUUUCCCUCGCCGACCGUAUCCACUGGGCCAGCAAGCACUAUGAACAGAACAACCGCGUUCUCGCCACCUACGAAUUCUCGCGCGAUAGGAAGAGUAUGUCGGUCUUGACCCAAAACGGUGGCAACCAGAAGCUCUUGGUCAAGGGUGCACCGGAAUCGAUCCUGGACCGCUGCACUCACGUGCUGGUUGGCCAGCAGGGGCAGAAGGUACCCCUCAACGGCAACCUCUCCAGCUUGAUCUCCAGCGAAGUUGUUGACUACGGCAACCGUGGUCUGCGUGUCAUUGCUCUCGCCUCUGUCGACGAUGUUGGUGCGAAUCCGCUCCUGAAGACGGCCACUACCACCAAGGAAUACACCCAGCUCGAGCAGAACAUGACUUUGAUCGGUCUUGUUGGCAUGCUUGAUCCCCCUCGCCCCGAAGUUGCUCAGUCCAUCGUCAAGUGCCGCCAGGCUGGUAUUCGGGUUAUUGUCAUUACCGGUGACAACCAAAACACCGCCGAGUCUAUCUGCCGUCAAAUUGGCGUCUUCGGUUUCGAUGAAGAUCUUACCGGCAAGAGCUACACUGGAAGGCAAUUCGACGCCCUGAGCGACGCGGAGAAGCUUCAAGCUGCUAAAAAUGCGUCUCUGUUCUCUCGUACCGAACCUUCUCACAAGUCUAAGCUCGUCGACCUCCUGCAAUCUACUGGCGAAGUUGUGGCUAUGACUGGUGAUGGUGUCAACGAUGCUCCCGCCUUGAAGAAGGCAGACAUUGGUGUUGCCAUGGGCUCUGGUACCGACGUCGCCAAACUGGCUGCCGACAUGGUUCUUGCCGACGAUGACUUCGCCACCAUCGAAAGCGCUGUGGAAGAGGGUCGUUCCAUUUACAACAACACCCAACAGUUCAUUCGUUAUCUGAUCUCAUCAAACAUCGGCGAAGUUGUUUCAAUCUUCCUCACUGCCGCCGCGGGUAUGCCUGAGGCGCUUAUUCCGGUUCAGCUGCUCUGGGUCAACCUCGUUACCGACGGUCUUCCCGCUACGGCCCUUUCCUUCAACCCACCUGAUCACGACGUCAUGAGGCGCCGCCCUCGUAAGAGGGACGAGGCACUCGUCAGCGGCUGGCUCUUCUUCCGUUAUAUGGUCAUCGGCACCUACGUUGGUAUCGCAACCGUCUUCGGCUACGCUUGGUGGUUCAUGUACAACCCUGCCGGUCCGCAGAUUAGCUUCUACCAGUUGUCGCACUUCCACCGCUGCUCCACCCACUUCCCGGAGAUCGGCUGCGAGAUAUUCACCAACGAUAUGAGCAAGGCGGCGUCGACCGUGUCCCUCAGCAUUCUGGUUGUCAUCGAGAUGUUCAACGCCAUGAACGCGCUGAGCAGCAGCGAAUCGCUGCUCACGCUGCCGCUGUGGGAGAACAUGGUUCUCGUGUACGCCAUCAUGCUCAGCAUGAUUCUGCACUUCGCGCUGCUGUACAUUCCCUUCCUGCAGGGCCUGUUCUCCAUCGUGCCUUUGAACUGGGGCGAGUGGAAGGCGGUCCUGGCGAUCAGUGCGCCGAUCAUUGGCAUCGACGAGGUUCUUAAAUUCUUUGAACGUCAGUUCUUCAUAGCGAAGCUUCCGGCAAGCAAGCCGAAGAAGGAGUAA